AUGUUUGCCUCUCCCUCUUCAAAGAUCGUCCUAGUUACAGGCGCCAAUCAAGGCAUCGGUUUCCAGAUAGCAAAAUCUCUAUCGUCAAAGCCGGGAUACCAUGUUCUUGUGGGAAGUCGUGAUACCCAGCGUGGUAUUAAAGCGGCCAAAGAUCUUCAAGACCAAGGGUUGAAUGCCGAGCCUAUUACCAUUGAUGUUACCUCUGAUAACUCUAUUGCCGAAGUGGUCCAACAAGUAAAGUCGAAAUUUGGCCGUCUUGAUGUAUUGAUUAACAACGCCGGCGUAUGCCUGAACGAUGAAAGAACCUCUCCCCCUUCGCUUCGCAUUUUCCAAGACACGUUUGCAGUCAACACUUUUGGCGCCGCACUCACGACUGAAGCCUUUAUCCCUCUUUUAACGGCAUCUUCUGCACCUCGAGUCGUCUUUGUAUCCUCUUUCAUGGGCUCACUCACUCAUCGACCGGAGAGUCCAGUUCCUUUGCCAAUCUACCGAAGUAGCAAAGCAGCACUCAAUAUGAUCAUGCUCCACUAUGCUUUAAAGUAUAAAGACGCUGGGUGGAAAGUCAAUGCGACUUGUCCAGGGUACUGUGCUACGAACCUGAACGGUUUUGUAGGAAAGGAUGAUCCGGCAGAUGGAGCUUUGAAUGCAGUAAAACUGGCAACCAUGGGUGAAGACGGCGAAACGGGAACCUUUUCGAACAAGGAAGGAAGUUUGGCUUGGUAG